AUGGGUGAGAGUCCCCGGUUAAUUAAUUGCCUUAUGAUCCAAAUGCUGCAGCACAAUCAGUAUCCAGAAAAAAAGGGUGUCCCUGGCCACCGCCAAGAGUCGCCUCUCAUGGGAUCCUGCUGCUCAACCUCUGACGACUCGUCCCAUCACGAACUGGAGCCAGCCCGUCCCGCGCAGCCGCCGCCCAACAUGCCGCCGCCGCGCAACCACAUCGUCACCCUCGAGAAGAAAUGGGCCUACCACGCCAUCGACGGGUACGAGCUCAACAAUAACACCUGGGGCCUCGAGAGCGCCACCUCCGGCUCCCAGCGCACCCACUACGACGGGCCGAGCCCGCCCGGCGCCUCGGGGGCCGCCGGCAUCUCGUGGUCCACCGACUGGGAGUGGCGGGGCGGCGAGCACAACGUCAAAUCGUACGUCUACGGCGCCCGCCAGCUCGAGCGCCGCCUCCUGAGCGAGAUCCAGGCCCUGCCGACCGAAGCCGAGUGGCACUACAGCACCUGGGACGUGCGGGCCAACGUCGCCUACGACAUCUUCACCGACCCCGACAAGGACCACGCCAACAGCAGCGGCGAGUUCGAGGUCAUGAUCUGGCUCGCGAAGCUGGGUGGCGUGUGGCCCAUCAGCGAGUCCAAGGCGCCCAUCGCGCACGUCGAGCUCUGCGGCCACCAGUGGGAGCUGCACUUUGGUUACAACCACGGCGGCGCGAUGAAGGUGUACAGCUUCCUGCCGGUCAACGGCCCGAUCCAGCACUUCAACGCCGACGUGAAGCAGUUCUUCAACUUCCUCAGCCAUCAGUUCGAGUUCCCGCAGCACAACCAAUACAUGCUGGUCUACCAGCUUGGCACCGAGGCCUUCACCGGAGGGCCCGCCGAGUUUGUCGUGCCCAAGUUCAUCGCCAAUGUUAUUUGAGAACGAGUCGCGCGCGCGCGUGUGCGAACCCUUGCUUCAUGAUACCAUAGGGAACCGUUGCCGGAGUAGAUUUCAUGCUUAUAACCCAUACAGUCUAUAGUAGUAAUACAUAACUUAAUACAUGAGGGGAGACGGCCACGCACCAGCCUCAGGUCUCGCCUAUCAUGCAACGCAAUGGUCCACGCCAGCUGUCAACAAGAGCUUGGCGUAUUGCUGAUGCAGGCAAACUGUUACGCCUCCCAGAGGCACGCCUUUACCCUCGCUCACGCCAUUGGGAACUUUG